AUGUCCGGGUUCGCCCAGAACGCGGAGAGAUUUUUGAAGGGCAUGUCGAUCGACGACGUUGAUGAACGGGUUCGACCCAAACGCCGUGCCUGUUUAGAAGGAGCUGAAAGUGGGUAUAGCUUUGGGAUAUACUAUCAGUACCCUCCUUCCCCCCUCUUCCAUAGGAACCUUAGAAAACUGAAGUACAUUAAGAACUUUCACCCGUUCGAUAUAGACUUCAAGAAUCAUUGCAAAGAGGGGAAGCAACCAAACUACGUUGUUGUUGAACAGAGGUGCUAUGACUUGAAAAUCCUUCCCGGUAAUGAUGACCACCCUUCGCAUGAUGUGUCUCAGGGCCAGAAAUUCGUCAAGGAAGUUUAUGAAGCGCUAAGAUCAACUCCCCAGUGGAACGAAAUGUUAUUCAUCAUUAUGUACGACGAGCAUGGCGGAUUCUUCGAUCACAUGCCAACACCUGUCACUGGAGUUCCGAGUCCUGAUGGCAUCGUGGGCCCCGAGCCAUAUAACUUUCAAUUCGACCGUCAUGGUGUUAGGGUUCCGGUCAUCAUGAUUUCUCCAUGGAUUUAGUGGAACAGGUAUAAAUGAAU